GGAAAACUAGCUCCAAAUUACUGAAAAUUUUAAUAACUGGGAUUCAAAAUGUACACAAUUAAGCUCUUUCUUUGUAUUGUCCCGCUAGUUAUUUCCUCCAGAAUUGACCAAGAUUCAUCAUUAGAUGUACUACCUCCAGCACCAAAAUCAAGAUUUGCAAUGUUGGAUGAUGUCAAAAUUUUAGCAAAUGGUCUCCUUCAGUUGGGGCAUGGUCUUAAAGACUUUGUCCACAAAACAAAGGGCCAAAUUAAUGACAUAUUUCAGAAACUCAACAUAUUUGAUAAGUAUUUUGAUGACCUAUCAGUGCAAACCAGUGCGAUCCAAGAAGAAGAAAUGGAACUCAGGAGAACUACAUCGAGACUGCAAUCCAAAAACGAGGAAGUAAAGAACAUGUCGCUUGAACUGAAUGCAAAACUUGAAAGCCUUUUAGUGGAAAAAAUUCUACUUCAAAACAAAGUGAGAGGCUUGGAAGAGCAAUUAACCCAUUUAAUUCAAAAUCAACCUGAAAUUCAGCAACACCCAGAAGUAACUUCACUUAAAACUUUUGUAGAGCAACAAGACAGCAGCAUCCAAGUCCUUCUCCAGACAGUGGAAGAACAAUACAGACAAUUAAACCAACAACAUAGCCAAAUAAGAGAAAUAGAAAAUCAGCUGAAAAAGACUGGUGUUCAAGAAUCAACAGAAAUUUCUGUUCCUUCAAAGACAAGAGCACCAAGAAAUACUGCUUCUCUUCAGCUGAGUGAAAUAAAAAAUGUACAGCAUGAUGGAAUUCCUGCUGACUGUACCACCAUUUUUAAAAGAGGUGAACUUACAAGUGGCAUUUAUGCUAUUAGACCCAACAACUCUCAAGUUUUUAAUGUAUACUGUGAUGUUAAAUCAGGUAAUUCAUGGACCUUAAUUCAGCACCGAAUAAAUGGAUCACAAAAUUUCAAUGAAACUUGGGAGAAUUACAAACAUGGUUUUGGAAACCUUAAUGGAGAAUUUUGGUUGGGCCUGGAGAAAAUAUACUCCAUAGUGAAACAAUCCAAUUACAUUUUAAGAGUGGAGUUGGCCGACUGGAAAGACAAUAAGUAUUAUGUUGAAUAUUCUUUUCACUUGGGAAACCAUGAAACCAACUACAAAUUAUACUUAGUUGAGAUUAUUGGCAACAUUCCAAAUGCAAUCCCAGAACACAAAGAUUUAGUGUUUUCUACAUGGGAUCACAAAGAAAAAAGACACCUCAAUUGCCAAGAAGACUAUUCAGGUUGGUGGUGGCAUGAUAUAUGUGGAGAACACAAUCUAAAUGGUAAAUAUAUCAAACCAAGAUCAAAAACAAAGUCUGAGAGAAGAGGAAUAUGUUGGAAGCCUCAAAACGGAAGGUUAUUCUCUAUCAAAUCAACCAAAAUGUUGAUCCACCCAACUCAUUUAGAAAGUUUUGAAUGAACUGAGCAUCCACAGAAUUGCAUGGCUAUGUGUACUACAUAGUGGUUGUGAAAACUGAAAAGAAGAUGACCAAACUGCAGAUCCUUUAAUCAAAGUCCAAAGUAUCUUCAUGGCAAACCAA